UUGGCGGGAAUUCGAAAGCUUUUCGUUUUAAUAAAAAAUAAAUUUAAAUUUUAGGCUUCCCUCGGGGACUACGCGAUCGAUCCGGUCACAAUCGAUGUUAAAUGUAUCGCGGAACCGCUCGUCGAGAGACGCGGCCAACCUCAGAGCUGUUGUGAACAAUGGCGACGUUUCGACGAAAGUGACAUUUUAACGAACAAAUGUGUGUCCACGCGUUAAUGUUAAUCCUCUUUUGUAGAUGUUAAUCACGCCCAUUAGGUGUUCCCUUGGACGCGUCUCUGCUCGACAAUGGCUUUGAACGCGAACGCACUGUCCAGUGACAUAAGCCGACGAAAUCCACAGGAUGAGUACGAGCUCAUUCAGAGGAUAGGUAGCGGAACGUACGGAGACGUUUAUAAGGCCAAAAGACUUUCCAUGAAUGACCUCGCUGCUAUUAAGGUUAUCAAACUGGAACCAGGGGAUGAUUUUGCAAUUAUUCAGCAAGAGAUCCUAAUGAUGAAGGAUUGCAGGCAUCCAAAUAUAAUUGCAUAUUAUGGGAGCUACCUGAGAAGGGAAAAAUUAUGGAUUUGUAUGGAAUAUUGUGGAGGUGGUUCCCUGCAGGAUAUAUAUCACAUAACUGGACCAUUAUCAGAAAUACAAAUAGCAUAUAUGUGCCGAGAGACCCUAUUGGGACUAGCUUAUCUACAUAGUAUGGGAAAGAUGCAUCGUGACAUUAAAAGUGCCAAUAUAUUAUUAACCGAAGCAGGGGACGUGAAAUUAGCUGACUUUGGAGUCUCUGCGCAGAUUACAGCCACUAUCAAUAAAAGGAAAAGUUUUAUUGGCACCCCUUAUUGGAUGGCACCAGAGGUGGCAGCUGUAGAAAGGAAAGGCGGCUACAAUCAACUUUGUGAUAUUUGGGCAUGUGGUAUCACCGCGAUAGAGUUGGCGGAAUUGCAACCGCCUAUGUUCGAUUUACAUCCUAUGCGAGCGCUUUUUCUCAUGUCGAAGUCCGGCUUCAAACCGCCGACAUUAAAAGAUAAAGACAAAUGGAGUCCGACAUUCCACAAUUUCGUGAAGGUCGCUCUCACGAAAAAUCCUAAGAAACGACCAACGGCCGAGAAACUCCUACAGCACGCAUUUUUUCAAGGCGAAAUGAGUAAACGUUUAGCUUUGGAAUUGUUGCAAAAGGUAUCGAAUCCUAGUCAUAUGUUUACUGAUUUAGAAGCUGACGAAGACGGAGCCGUACCGAAUGUUCCGCAAAGAAUCGCUUCACGUCAUACUGCAAGACCUAGACCAAAAAGCCCUAUACCGCAAUUAGAUAGCGAUGAUCAAAUUAAUCUAGAUGGAACAUUACAAAGAGAAGUAAUAUCGCCAUCUGUCGAUGGUAGUCCGGCAUGGGAUAUUAUGGACAUCAUGAAUAAUGUAAAGACUGUUCAUAAUUGUGAUGCACAUCCAGACUGUGGUAUUGGUACUGCAUUCGAAGACGAGCAAGAAAAUAUUGUUGCCGCUAGCGAGACAACAGAUACUAGAAAAUCUCGUCGAAGCAAAACAGGCACAGAAAUAUUUCAUAUGAGUUUAAGGAGUCUAUUGCAGUACAUUGAUGAGGAGUUGUUGCUAAGGGGGAAUGCAAUGUCGAUGGUUGGUGGGCAUUGCGACCAGCUAUAUUCCCUGCAAGCUACACUUCCUCUGGGAGAGUCAUCGAAUGAUUGCGAAUUGCACUGCCCGUACUAUAACAUGUCAGGAUCUCAAGCAAGCCCCAGGCGUCACAGCUCUGUGGACGAGUUGUAUGGUUUGGUGAGCAGUUCACAAUCCCUAACUGCUGCCAAUGGACAACGUCAACGAUCUCUCUCGGACAGUGGUCCUAGAGAUGAGACCUCACAGUCUAAUGGUCAAAACGAGGCACCAGGUGAUGGAGAUAGAGAAAGCAUGAGUCCAGACUUAUUAUCGGAUACUCCACCUGUUCCCCCAAGGAGAAGGGACAGGAAACGCCAUACACCACCUAGACCCAUCAGCAAUGGAUUGCCGCCCACGCCCAAAGUACACAUGGGGGCGUGUUUCUCAAAAGUAUUCAACGGCUGUCCUCUAAGAAUACAUUGCACUGCGAGUUGGAUCCAUCCAGAUACAAGAGAUCAGCACCUAUUGAUUGCAGCGGAGGAAGGAAUUUACAAUCUGAAUCUAAACGAACUCCAUGAAACUGCUAUAGAUCAGUUGUAUCCCAGACGCACUAUCUGGAUGUAUGUCAUCAAGGAUGUUCUCAUGUCUUUGUCUGGUAAAACCCCGCAAUUAUACAGACACGACUUGCUGGCAAUGCAAAGCAAACAGAGCCACAGGUUUUCAUUACACAUGAACAAAAUACCAGAGAGAUUAGUCCCCAGAAAGUUUGCCUUAACGACCAAGGUCCCGGACACUAAGGGAUGCACCAAGUGUUGCGUUGGGAGAAACCCGUACAAUGGAUACAAGUAUCUUUGCGGUGCGAUGCCUACGGGAAUAUUUCUGAUGCAAUGGUAUGAUCCGCUGAACAAGUUCAUGCUUCUGAAGCACUUCGAUUGUACCUUGCCGUCGCCCUUGAACGUAUUUGAGAUUAUUAUAACGCCCGAAAUGGAGUAUCCGAUGGUGUGCGUGUCCGUAAAGCAACCAUAUCAACAGAACAAAUUGAAAUUGGAUUUGAUUAACAUGAAUUCGGGAGCGAGCUGGUUUCACAGUGACGAACUAGAAGACAUGGAUGGUUCAGCCACUGUGAUACCAAGAAGAGAAAACCUUCAUGUGAUCAAUGUAACUCAACUGGAGAAGAACGCUAUAUUAGUAUGUUACGACAACGUAGUGAAAGUAGUGACACUACAGGGAAAGCCUAGAUCAACCAGAAAGCAUAUGUCUGAAUUACAUUUCAACUUUCAAAUCGAGUCCAUCAUCUGUUUGCCAGACAGCGUACUAGCAUUUCAUAAGCAUGGUAUGCAAGGUAGGAGUUUCAAGAAUGGCGAGGUCACGCAGGAGAUUAGCGACCCGAGUAGAACGUACAGAUUGCUAGGAUCUGACAAAGUGGUGAUGUUGGAGAGUCACUUGGUCCAGUCAGGCACGCUGACAGAAUCCGAGGGAGCGGACUUGUACAUACUUGCUGGACACGAGGCCAGUUACUAAAGGCUUGCGUCUUCCAACUGUGAACGCGCUGGAUUGGUGUGUCUCAAAUGAUUCGUGAUUAUCACAGACUGCGUGUAAAGUGAAUACAAAACGAGACUGUAACUGAGAGAGAGAGAGAGAAAGAGAGAGAGAGAGAGAGAGAGAGGCGGUGGUCGACUUUGGUAAGAGAAUAUUGUUGAUUAUUCUAUUUAAAAGCGAACAUGUAACGAGAGGGGAAACAAGUCAGUCAGCGUGCAUGUUGUUUCGUCACUGUUCUCCGUAUAGUCGAUGCUGCAUAGACUGGGUUAUUUAUCGAGGACAUUUUUAAAACGUAAGAAAAAAAAAGAAAGAGAUUUAGGAUUUAGGAACCGAAAUCUAAAACACACACAAAAAAAGAUAAGAAAAAUAAAAAAUAGAGACAACAGUGAGAGAGAGAGGGAGAGAAUGGAAUAUCGGAAAGCAGCAGGAAUAUAUUUAAAGUAAUGUGUAAAUUUGCCCUUAUGCCUGACAAAAUAAAGCUUAUACCGAUCGAUUCUCCUUAAAGUAAAAAGGAACAAACAUAGCACGUCGCAGAAAUAUCUGUAGACUUGAAGUAUUCGUUUUAAACUGUUCCUUUCGAAUUUCAAUUUAAUCCGAUCGCAACGUAAAUACAUUUUAAAGUAUGCAAGCCACGUGCGACGCACAGGCGAUUGUAGAUAUACGAAUAUUUAUAUUUUUAGAAUGAUUUUAGACUGUACCAUAAUAUAGGAAACCCUCUGCAUCCUGGAUACAAAUUCAUUGGCGGGGGGUGGGGGGUGGGGGCGAGGUAUUGGCCAAAGAUAGUCUAAGUAGUAUUAUAGAUCAGCAACAGGAACAACGAUUUAACUAGAAAUUAAUCAUGGGAUGGCCAGUUCGACGAUACUUAGGGAUCGGGUGUGUCAUUAUUUCUGUGCAAAAAAAAAACUCACGAUUGUUUCGUAUAAGUUUUGCUUUGGUAGGCAUUGGGCUGUUGCAUCAAAGUUAUUUUAAUAAGACAUUGCGUUCAUCAGUGUCUCUAAUUUUGGACAAUUGUACAUGGGAAUACAGUAUACACGGCAAAGUAGUUUAUGAUGGCAAUCAUAAAUGAUUUAUUUUGAGAAGCGUAUAUGUGGGAGACAGACGGCUUAGCAAAAUGAUUCGUUUGAACAGAUUCGAAAAAAAGAACAUUUUAAUACAUAAACCGAGUAAUGAUCUAUGUACAACCGUGGAACAUUUUAAAUUACGUGAUUGAUUCUUAGCAUUGAUAAUCAAUUAGAAACGAUGCAUCUCGUGUUUCUUUCCCGAUUAAGGUUCUCUUAAAGAAAGGAAAUAUUUUAUGAGCACGAAUCACGUCGCACGCGUUUUUGGAAAAUGUGCUUUUUCCAACAAACUGUGAACGCGUUGGUAUUUUUCUUCGGAGAUCAAACAUAGUUACUUGGAAUGGUUUCUAAAGACUGGAAGAAACGAGGAUUUCUUAUUCGCGAAAGACUUUUCUUAAAAUACACGAGAACGGUGUGUAUUCUUCGGAGGAAGAGUGCUGGAUGAAGCAUAAUUCAUUGUCGAACUUUGUGUCGCGAGGAGUUGCUUGACGCAUUUCGUAUUUACGUUUCGCCUCUUGAUCGCCGAGAUUACGUUGAUUUGUGUUUUUUUGAUCAGGAACGGAAUCUCACGCAGUAUUGUACCAAUUCCUCGAGUUGAAGCCUUUACAAUGAUUUCGUUGAAUCAGCGUUAAUCGACACUAUGUGAUAUAAUCCUUUUGCACGGCUGCUGGUUAAUGCGAGCAGCGUGCGAUACAGUUUCUCUGUUUAUGAGUAACGUUCGAUCAAAAAAAAAAAAAGAGAAAGAAAAAGGAAAAAAUGAACAUAAGGAGAAGGAGAAAGGAAAAAUGUAAAAUGACUUCGACCUGCACUGAUAUUAAGAAUAACGUUCUAAACGUUUGUAAAUAGACUUUUUAUUUAUCGAGGAAAGUGUCUAUAUUGUUUAUGUAAUUUAAAUAAUACUCGUUUAACGUAUUUCCGUUGCGUUAAGGAGUCUCGGACGGUUGAGCGUCCGGACAGUGAAUUAAAAUGGGUAUACGUAUAAUAGAGAAAUUGACGAUGAGCUGGCGUGCACACAGCGAUUAGUAUGGAAUAAAAGACAAAGACAGCGCUUGAACACGUUUGUUUUAGAUUAUAAUUGUAUUACCUACAACUGUUACGUUAGGUUUAGCGGUAGCUGCUGCGAGAUUUAAGUUUCUAGAAUUUUAAAUGAAAAUCGAUUGUUAACGCAUACUUGAGGAAAAGACAUUCGACGCUAAAAGGGAAAACUAAUAGAUCUCACUGUGACGGUCGCUUGUGAAACUUCGCGAAGACCUUGGACGGGUCUCUGAACGUAAUCGAUGACAGAAAAUCGCAACAACAAGUAAUAUCUCUUAGGUCGUUAGCCGCCUAACACGUGUUACUACUACCAUAAAUCGAAUUAAUCGAAAGCAAGAGACAUUCGAUGUUGAGAGUUUAAAUAAUUAAGGGAGACUAAUCCAUUUGAAAAAUGCUUUUUCCGUGUAGCUAAACGAAUUCUGUUAGACUAAAUACGCAGAUUUCUAUUUUAAUAUUAGUACGUCUAAUAAAAUAAUAUCCACGUAAUUCUUCGUCGGGCCUUCGAGAAGUAAAAUAUUAGAUGAAUAACGAAUAAUUCAGAUAUGCAUAAUAAAGAGAUCUAUUAAACGAUUCGUCACGUAAUACAGUUUGUCACGAUAUACGCAUACAAUUAUUAUACGUAAUAGAAGAAUAAUUUGAUACCGA